AUGCACAAUUCGGAACUGUUUCAUGCAUUGAUUGCCCUGAGCCAAGUAUACUAUAACAUCGAUGUGAGAGGGUUUGGCAACACACACUGGACAGCGCUGUACCAUCGGGGCGAGGCACUGAAGCAGCUGAGACAGAAGGUUGAGACAGCCAAGAGCUCCGACGACGACGCUGCCAUCUUGACCGCCCUGUGGCUGAUGGACGUCGACGCCGCCCACGGUGACCUUCAUGCGUAUGCAAUGCAUAAACGAGCGAAAGAGAGGAUGGUCUUGACCCGAGGUGGGAUCAGGCAGUUGAACGCCGAACUUCAGGAUGAGCUGCUGAAGAGCGAGUUCUUCCUACCGUUACUGCUGCAUGGCAGAUUCGUGUGUGAGCUCACCGAUGACGACGACGUGCUCGUCAGGUUCAGGGAGAACAAUCCGGUCCAGCCGACCCAGAUGGCUGGCUUUCAAGGUCUCUUUUCAGUCCUGGCGAGCAAGGGCCUCGUCACGUCGCAAGCAGUCGAGAUCGUCCAGCGCAUCUUCAAGCAAGUCUCACGGCAGCCUCAAUUCGCUCGAAGCGGAAACACAGAUGGCACUUCACCAGACAAUGGCCCUGUCGAUCAAGCAUACAACGAAUUCAGUCGGGUGCUACGUAUCACUGAUCAAAUAGGGCCGCAGUCGUUACACCACCGGCUGCUCUUGGCAUUGUUGAUCUACAUUUUUAACUUUCACAAUCAGCCACAGGCGCUGCCUGCUGCAUCCUCGACACCUCAGAAUCGCAAGGUCCGACAUCCCUAUCUGCAGAUCUUGUCCAAAGUGGCCCUAGAACUCUCCCAGCCGAGCGACCCGUCUGAUCCGAACAAGAUCACCGAACGGGAAGUCGCUCUUUGGACAAUGGUAGCAAUCGGCGCCGCCUCGAGCUUCAGCCCCUGGCGGCUUGAAAUCCCUUUCAUGGGCCAUCUGAUUGAGUUGAUGGAGAAUAAUGAGGAGGCAGUUGAUGAUAACGAAGCAGAUGUGAAAGAUGCGUCACUGGAAGAGGCAUCCAUACAAUUCUCAGCGGCUGACGCCGCCGAACCCUACAAGAAACCGCCCACGAAUCUGGAGAAGCUCACAGCCUGUCUGAGAGGGUACUACCUCUAUGGGGCGGAUAAAAAGACACUGCGGAGUCUGCAGAAAUGGAGGGCUUCGGAGCCGCGGGAUCCGGACUGA